GCGUUUCAACAAGCCGCAUACCAUAGUAGCGGUUGGAAGUUCCCGCUCUGUGACUCUAAACCCUAAACUAAGACCCACUGGUAACUGAUCGGCGGUUACCAUUUGUGUGAAACCGCAAUGACUGUAGAAGAAGACGAUGUGGGUAUCUCCUCCUACAUUUCCAACCUUCCUGGCUUCCGCGGUAUUUUAAAGCAAAGGUAUUCUGAUUUUAUCGUGAAUGAAGUAGACAGAGAUGGAACAGUAGUUCAGUUGUCCUCACUUGAUGCUCCCAAAGAGGAACCGAAGAGAGUUCAGGAAAAUGGAACAAGCACAUCCGAGACUGCAGUUGUAAGUUAUGCCUCUCAAAUUGAAUCUUUCAAGUCUCUUGCUGGCGAUUCUGAUGCGGUCCUUUUGGAAGAAUUUAUUAAUAAAAUUAACGCUGGUGGAGAAGACAGUGUUUCUCCAAUUGUUCUUUCUCCGGAUUCUGAUAAAUCUCAUCGAAAGGAAAUGCAUGACUUCUUUAAGGAAAACUUUAAGUUCCUGGUCACUGACACGGUAGAUGGACCUGAUGCUUCAUCAAAAUGCAUCCGUGUGAGAUUGAACUCAGGUGAACCCCAGAAAGGGAAAAACUCUAAGAAACGUAAAGAAAGAGGUGAUAAGCCCUUUGACAGCAGAGGUUCCGAAAAUUGGCCAGAAAAUGUUGGCAAGUUCCUUAGGUUUCAUCUUUAUAAGGAGAACAAAGAUAGCCAGGAAGCCUUGGGGGUUAUUGGAAAUAUGCUUGGUAUUCAGCCAAGAUCAUUUGGAUUUGCGGGUACAAAGGACAAGCGAGCUGUCACAACCCAAAGGGUUACUGUUUAUAAGCAGCAAGCAAGUAGGCUAGCUUCCCUUAAUGAGAGAUUGUUUGGUAUUAAAGUGGGUGAUUUCUGUUAUGUUAAGGAAGGGCUUUGCCUUGGCCAGCUCAUGGGAAAUCGAUUUACAAUCACAUUGCGAGGUAUUGUUGCAGAUUCUGAAGAUACCAUAAAAGAAUCUUCAGACUCCUUAGGAAGGCAUGGCUUCAUUAACUACUUUGGUCUACAGCGUUUUGGAAGUGGUUCUGUGCCAACUCACCUUAUUGGAGCUGCAUUACUCCGAGGGGAAUGGAAACUUGCUGUAGACAUGAUCCUUGAUCCAAGAGAUGGAGAAAGAAAUGCCAUAGCCAAGGCACGCAAGUACUAUAAAGAAAGUAGCGAUGCUGUUGGGACACUUAGGCAGUUGCCUCACUAUUUAGUUGCUGAAAGGGCUGUGCUACAAUGUUUAAAAAAGUCUCCUGGAAACUAUUUGCAGGCUUUAAAAAGUAUUCCACGGACAUUGAGAAUGAUGUAUGUGCAUAGUUACCAAAGCUAUUUGUGGAACCAUGCAGCAAGUAAGAGGGUGCAAAAAUAUGGAACAGCACACAUAGUGUUAGGAGACUUGGUAUAUUGUAAAGAAAAUUCUACUGUAAAAGUUACAGGGCUUGUUGGAUCUGAAUAUGAUGAUAACUGCGGUGAUAAGUAUGAUUCUAAUAAUGAAGAAGUUUUGGGAGAUAUUCAUGAAGAAAUAAAUAGUUAUGUGAAGGCUGUUAACGCUGAAGAUCUCAGUUCAGGAUGUUACACAAUUGAUGAUGUCAUCCUUCCUAUGCCAGGUUCACGAGUAGAUUAUCCAACCAAUGAUAUUGCCAAAGUUUAUGAAGAUUUGGCAAAUAAAGAUGGAAUCAGUUUAACUAAGAGCGUGCAUAGUGCGAAGGAAUUCUCGAUAACUAGUAUGACUGGAAGUUACAGAAGGGUUUUUCAGAAACCAAUUAACUUUGAAUGGGAAUUACUUACAUAUACUGAUUGUAAUAAACCGUUAGUAGAGACAGAUUUAGACAAAAUUAGCAAGUCUAAACCCAUCAACAAUGUCGAACUAAUGGAUGCACCAAAUGGGAAAAAGGAAGAAGCCUUUGAUUGCAUAAAAGAAUUAGAGAGCACUGAUGACCUUGCAAAGGUUGAGAUCGAUUAUAAUGAGAUUGCUGGUGAGGAAAUAAUAUUACCACAUGUUGAAUCUGUCGGUGGCUCCAGCUCUCAAGAUUCCCAUAUUGCUCUUAAAUUGGGCUUUACUCUUCCUGCUUCAUGUUAUGCAACAAUGGCCAUACGGGAGCUGCUGAAGACUUCAACAUCUGUUGCAUAUCAAAAGACAUUAAACCAGUAGUGAGCACGUGGCUACCCAUUUAGCAAUGUUUUCGGCAGGAGAAAGUGAUUUAUAGAACAGAUGUGUUUCAGCGCGUGUUACUUAUUCUCAGUUGAUGUUUAUAAUCUUGACGGAAGAGAGGGAAAAAUCAUCUUUCGGGUGCUUUUGUUGCAGAACCAUGAAAUUCUACGCUGACUAUUUAUGCUGAAAGAUUAAGUUAAAAAUUUGCAAGUGCAAUUAAUAUCGUUUUUGCUGAGAAAAUGUCCUUGUGUUUGAACACUUUGCGCUUUCUCCUGUUUUUCAUUCCAGGAAUACAUACUAUCUUUUUGCUUUUCUAUUGUGUUAUUUUUAGCUGUAACAUCUGAAUCCUAUGCUUUCCUAGACACAUGUUGUUUAGAAUAAUGGAUAUUUUAGACCAUUGUUAGGAAGUUGAACACUUCUUGGUAUGAAAACCUGCUCUUCUCAACAAUCGAUUUGGUGUUUUUACACAGUGAGAGCAUGCUAUAGAAGGUAUAGUUUAUC